CCCUCCCGGCCUCCCUCCUGGGCUGGGACUCCAGCCGGCCGCGGAGCAGAGCCCACUUCUCUCCGGUUAUCAGUUACGGCCGGCCCACCCUGACCCCUGCCCUCGGUGGAUGGUGACAAGCAGGCCUGUGCCAUGAAGCUGCCCCCGGCUGUGCUCCUCCUGCUACUGCAGGCCGGCUGGGCCACCUCGCAGGACGAAGCGGCCGUGGGGAGGGCCAUCGCCUUCCAAGAUUGCCCCGUGGACCUCUUCUUUGUGCUGGACACAUCCGAGAGCGUGGCUUUGCGGCUGAAGCCCUACGGGGCCCUCGUGGACAAGGUCAAGGCCUUCACAAAGCGCUUCAUCGACAACCUGAGAGAAAGGUACUACCGGUGCGACCGCAGCCUGGUGUGGAACGCGGGCGCGCUGCACUACAGCGAUGAGGUCGAGAUCAUCCAGGGCCUCACCCGCAUGCCCAGCGGCCGCGACGCGCUCAAGGCCCAGGUGGAUGCAGUCAAGUACUUUGGCAAAGGGACCUACACAGACUGCGCCAUCAAGAAGGGGCUGGAGGAGCUGCUGGUCGGGGGCUCCCAUCUGAAGGAGAACAAGUACCUGAUCGUGGUGACCGACGGGCACCCCCUGGAGGGCUACAAGGAGCCGUGUGGGGGCCUGGAGGACGCCGUGAACGAGGCCCGGCACCUGGGCAUCAAGGUCUUCUCCGUGGCCAUCACGCCCGACCACCUGGAGCAACGCCUGAGCAUCAUCGCCACGGACCACACGUACCGGCGCAACUUCACGGCGGCCGACUGGGGGCAGAGCCACGACGCGGAGGAGGCCAUCAGCCAGACCAUCGACACCAUCACCGAGAUGAUCAAAAACAACGUGGAGCAGGUGUGCUGCUCCUACGAAUGUCAGCCUGCCAGAGGACCUCCUGGACCGCGGGGCGACCCUGGGUAUGAGGGCGAACGAGGGAAGCCAGGUCUCCCGGGAGAGAAAGGAGAAGCCGGGGAGCCGGGGAGGCCCGGGGACCUCGGACCCGUCGGCUACCAAGGGAUGAAGGGAGAAAAAGGGAGCCGCGGGGAGAAGGGUUCCAGGGGACCCAAGGGCUACAAGGGCGAGAAGGGCAAGCGUGGCAUUGAUGGUGUGGAUGGCAUGAAGGGGGAGUCGGGCUACCCCGGGCUGCCAGGCUGCAAGGGCUCCCCUGGACUUGACGGCACUCAAGGACCCCGUGGGCCCAAGGGUGACGUGGGCGCUCUUGGACUGAAAGGAGAAAAGGGUGCACCCGGAGCUGAUGGGGAGCCUGGGAGACAGGGCAGCACAGGGCCCCAGGGAGAGGAGGGCGAGCCCGGAGAGCCCGGAGCCCCCGGAGAGAAAGGAGAAGCUGGCGAUGAGGGAAACGCAGGACCAGAUGGUCCCCCUGGAGACAGGGGCGGCCCUGGGGAAAGAGGGCCACAGGGGACCCCAGGUGUGCGGGGCCCAAGGGGAGACCAGGGCGAAGCUGGACCCCAAGGUGACCAGGGACGAGAGGGCCCCGUUGGCACCCCCGGAGAUCCGGGCGAGCCUGGCCCCAUUGGACCUAAAGGGUACCGAGGCGAUGAGGGCCCCCCAGGGCUCGAGGGUCCCAGAGGAGCCCCAGGGCCCGCAGGACCCCCCGGAGACCCCGGGCUGAUGGGCGAGAGGGGUGAAGACGGCCCCCCCGGAAAUGGCACCGAGGGCUUCCCCGGCUUCCCCGGCUAUCCCGGCAGCAGGGGCCUUCCCGGCAUAAAUGGCACUAAAGGCUACCCUGGCCUCAAAGGGGACGAGGGAGAAGCCGGGGACCCCGGAGAGGACAACAACGACAUCGCGCCCCGAGGCGCCAAAGGAGCAAAGGGGUACCGGGGCCCUGAGGGCCCUCAGGGACCCCCAGGACACACAGGACCACCAGGGCCGGAUGAAUGUGAGAUCUUGGACAUCAUCAUGAAAAUGUGCUCGUGCUGCGGUGAGCAUCCUCCUUGGCUUGGAGCGUUCUUGGCGUGCUCAGCUUUGGCUGGAUCACCCCAGGGGUGGGGGGCUCCACGCCCCCAGCCGCCGGCCCUGCCCCCCACCUGUGUUGUCCUCCCUGUCCUCUGCCUGUGGCUGACGACCAGUGGCAGGCCAGGACCUGGGGUCCAGGCUCGGGUGGGGCUGCUCUGCUCUGAGUGGGGGGUCCUGGGGAUCCCGAGGCCUGACCCCCUAUCCCCUGCAGAGUGCAAGUGCGGCCCCAUCGACAUCCUCUUCGUGCUGGACAGCUCCGAGAGCAUUGGCCUGCAGAACUUUGAGAUCGCCAAGGACUUCAUCAUCAAGGUCAUUGACCGGCUGAGCAGGGAUGAGCUGGUGAAGUUUGAGCCCGGGCAGUCCCACGCGGGCGUGGUGCAGUACAGCCACAACCAGAUGCAGGAGCACGUGGACCUGAGAGACCCCAACAUCGGGAAUGCUCAGGAGCUCAAAGAAGCCAUCAAGAAGCUGCAGUGGAUGGCAGGGGGCACGUUCACGGGCGAGGCCCUGCAGUACACCCGGAGCCAGCUGCUGCCCGCCACCCAGAACAACCGGAUCGCCCUGGUCAUCACGGAUGGACGCUCGGACACCCAGAGGGACACCACGCCGCUCAGCGUGCUGUGUGGCCCCGACAUCCAGGUGGUGUCCGUGGGCAUCAAGGAUGUGUUUGGCCUGGUCCCAAGCUCUGAUCAGCUCAACGUCAUCUCCUGCCAAGGCCUGGUGUCCCCGAGCCGGCCAGGUAUCUCGCUCCUCAAGGAGAACUACGCAGAACUGCUGGAAGACGCCUUCCUGAAGAACAUCACCUCCCAGAUCUGCAUAGACAAAAAGUGUCCAGAUUACACCUGCCCGAUCACCUUCUCCUCCCCGGCUGACAUCACCAUCCUGCUGGAUGGCUCGGCCAGCGUGGGAAGCCACAAUUUCGACACCACAAAGCGCUUUGCCAAGCGGCUGGCCGAGCGCUUCCUGACAGCAGGCAGGACAGACCCGGCCCAUGAUGUGCGUGUGGCGGUGGUGCAGUAUAGUGGCACGGGGCAGCAGCAGCCGGGCCGUGCGUCCCUGCAGUUCCUGCAGAACCACACUGUGCUCGCCAGCACCGUGGACGCCAUGGCCUUCCUCAACCAUGCCACCGACGUCAACGACGCCCUCAGCUAUGUGACCCGCUUCUACCGUGAGGCAUCAUCUGGCGCGGCCAAGAAGAAGCUGUUGCUCUUCUCGGAUGGCAACUCGCAGGGGGCCACAGCGGCGGCCGUGGAGAAGGCGGUGCAGGAGGCCCAGCGGGCCGGCAUCGAGAUCUUCGUGGUGGUGGUGGGCCGCCAGGUGAACGAGCCCCACAUCCGCGUCCUGGUCACGGGCAAGGCGGCCGAGUACGACGUGGCCUUUGGCGAGCGCCAUCUGUUCCGGGUGCCUGACUACCAGGCCCUGCUGCGGGGCGUCUUCCACCAGACCGUGUCCAGGAAGGUGGCACUGGGCUAGCCCACCAGGUCCCCAUCACUGACACAGCAGAAACGUGAUGUGAAUUUCCCUGACCAACCCGUCAGCUAGACAUUCUUAAAGGAAAGCCGCUGUGCGCCCGAUGCCUGGCGCGCCUCCCGCAGGCCGCCCCGUGCCAGUGUCCCACCAGAGUCUCCUGCGCGUCCCACCCCUGCUUUCCUCAGCGCUUGAUUCUCCUCGCAGAUCCCACAGGACCCUCAGCACCUCCUCAGACGCAGCCUCCCGGCUCCUCCAUGGGAGAUGGUGGCCGCGUGUCAUUUCUGGGAAGCCACGGUUGAGAGGAUCUCCGAGUCCGAGGAGCCGGCGCCUGCUUUCAAGGUUCUGGUGCUCGGCCCGACUCCAUCCCCACGGCCUCGGCACAGAGCUCGGCCUCCCCGGAGACCGGCGGUGACUCCUCGCCCGGCGCCCUCGCGAUCCCGGAACCACGGUGCUAUCAUGCUGACCCCGAGCCCUCCCGUCCUCAGGCCUGGGCGCCCGGGCCAUCCGGUGGCAUAAAGUGACAUGUUUUAUUGAACACAAGCCAAAGGUCUUUUUCCUCAAAGGAGUGACUGGUACUACAUUUUACUGAAAAUCCUCUUUAUUGAUUAGUUUUCUUUUUACUCCUUCCUGGAUUUUUUUCUCAACCAUGUCCAGGUCAGUGACUUUUCCAAAUAAAUAUUUUCACUCUUCUC